AUGUUUGGCGAAAACCCGUCCAAGGACAUAACAGAGAUCUCUUCUCCUAGGCUUUUCAGCACUCAUCUUCCUCUCUCUUUCUUGCCGGAGACUGUCAAGACCUCAGGCUGCAGAGUCAUUUACAUAACUCGCCACCCAGCAGACACUUUUGUCUCUCUCUGGCACCUCCACAACAACAAGUUCGGGACAGAGAUCUCGAUCCGACAAGCCUUCGAGGAGUUCUGCAAAGGCCUUGUCCCGGCUGGUCCCUACUUUGAACACGUCCUUGAGUUCUGGGAAGCAAGAGACCAUGUGAUGUUUGUCACUUACGAAGAUCUGAAAGCAAACCCGGAAGAAACCGUGAGGAAGAUCGCCGAGUUCUUGGGGUGUAAGACAAUAGUGGAGGAGAUCGUGAAAGAGUGUAGCUUCGAGAAGCUGAGGAGUACAAGCAAAGAGAGAGGAGAGGGAGUUCACUGGAGCGGAAAUAAGUAUGACAUGUUCUUCAGGAAAGGUAUGGUCGGAGAUUGGAAGAAUCAUCUGACACAAGAGAUGAUGAAGGAGCUUGAAGACAUUGCUGACCUGAAAUGGAGAGGGUCUGGUUUGGAUCUCAACAUUUUCUAUAGAAGUGCUUCACAAUAA